AAGGGACGUCACUCCUCUAAAUAUUAUGUCCACUCCGGACAUUUCUCACAUUUCAAGCGAAGAUUACAGUUUAAUUUACGAGCCGGCAGAAGAUUCGUUUCUCUUUUUGGAUGCUUUAGAAAAGGAAAUAAACGAAAUACAAGAAAUAAGGCCACAAAUAUGUCUUGAAAUUGGUUCUGGAUCUGGUAUCGUGUCGACAUUCUUGGCGAAAGAGAUUAGACUGCAACUGCUCUCAAUAAUUUUGUUUAUUAUUGUAUGUUUCUUAUAUAUUGACAGAUGCACUGAUAUAAAUCCUAGAGCUGUGUCAAUCACCAAGACUACAGGAUUGAAGAAUGGUGUUAGCUUAGAGGCAGUCUUAACUGAUUUAGUUGAUGGUUUAGCAGAAAGACUUAAAAAGAAAGUGGAUAUUUUACUCUUUAAUCCACCGUAUGUUGUAACACCAAGUGAAGAGGUAGGCAGCAGUGGCAUAGAGGCAUCUUGGGCAGGUGGAGCAAAUGGAAGAGAAGUGAUUAACAGAUUUCUACCCCUUGUCCCUGAGUUACUGUCAAACACAGGGAUUUUUUACAUGGUUGUGAUCAAGGAAAACAAUCCAGAUGAAAUUGGAUCUAUACUUAGCAAGUCAGGGUUGAAGAUGUCAACUGUUCUUGAAAGGAGGAGUGGACCAGAGUUCUUAUCUGUAUUGAAAUUUAUGCGAGAGUCAUGACACAUGUUCUACAAAUGCAUUUCUCCAAUGAAAAUAAGAAUGGACACCCACCUUCUCUCUUUUAUAGGAUAGGUUUAUAUUGAGUACUUGAAGGGCAAUGCAGUUUUAAGAAUCAUUGAAGAUGUUGUUAUUAUACGGUCAGUGGUGUAACACACUUGGACAGUCAUGAAAGAAUUCAGGAACAGUAUAAAAUUCUAAAUCUGACACUGUGCAAAGGUCAAUGGAAAUAUUAGUACUUGACCUGGGAAGACAGAUACCUAUCAUCUAAUGCAUCAUUUAUAAAAAAAGACCUAACCUACGAGCAAUGAAAACAUAAUCAUACAGUUCAGAUUUCUAUAAUUGGGUUUAGCAGUGGUCACUUACAGAAAAAUAUUGACAAUUAUAGUAAAAAUCUGAAUAUGAUCCAACCAGAGUAAGGGUUUACUACAUACUGGUUAGGUAUCCAGGAAAUCUGGUAUUAGGUGGAUCAAGCUAUUUAUCACCCACCAAACACACAAAAAAAAACAGCCCAAAAAGAACCAAGUGUUAAAAUUAACGUAAACAAGUUAAGACUUUGUCUUAAGAAAUUAUUAUUUGAGGAGAAUAACGUUCUUGCAUUACGUCAAGUAAACUGAUAAUUGUUGAAAAUAAACUUGAUUUGAUA